GACCCGCUCUCAUUGGGCUCUUGAGUGACCACUGACCACCCACUAAGCCAGACAUACUAUCUUCAGUUGCGCUUUCCUUCCUUUCCCCCAAACAAACCGUCAUUUUUUAUUUCUGCUCUCUCCUUCAACUUCAAUAAUUACUCAUUUAUUUUUUCGCUGGAGAGGUGCAGGGGUUUGUUGAUUAAAUAUGGUGACGUCUGGCUAAUUGCCUGGGUUAUGAUUCUGACAUUUUGUCUCACAGAUAUGACUACCAAAAAUGCAGACGUAUUUCAGGGAGAUGGUGGGGUACCUGAUCCCUCUCCUCAGCCUGGAAAGCCAGAUCAGUUGCAUUCUUGUGGCAGCAACACGAUUUUCAAGAGCGGACCACUUUUAUUAUCCUCAAAAGGAAUUGGAUGGACAUCUUGGAAGAAAAGGUGGUUUAUCUUAACCCGCACUUCAUUGGUUUUCUUCAAAAGUGAUCCAAAUGCCGUUUCUCAGAAGGGAAGUGAAGUGAAUUUGACACUUGGCGGCAUUGACCUCAACAAUUCAGGCAGUGUUGUUGUCAAAGCAGAUAAGAAACUUUUGACUGUUCUUUUCCCUGAUGGUCGUGAUGGACGAGCUUUUACACUCAAGGCUGAAACUACGGAGGAUUUAAAUGAGUGGAAGACUGCACUUGAGAAUGCUUUGGCACAAGCACCAAGUGCUGCCAACGUGACUGGGCAAAAUGGUGCCAUCAAGAACGAGCAGACUGAAUCAAAGGAUAUUUCAUUGGACCAGUUGAAAGAUAGAGAACCAAUGAGGUCUAAGGUCAUUGGCCAGCCAAUUUUACUUGCUCUGGAAGAUGCUGAUGGAGCUCCAACUUUUCUGGAGAAAGGCCUUAGAUUCAUAGAAGAGCAUGGAGUCAAGGUCGAAGGGAUCUUACGGCAAGCUGCUGAUGUCGAAGAUGUUGAAUUUCGAGUUCAGGAAUAUGAACAAGGAAAAGUUGAAUUUUCUGCAGAAGAGGAUGCACACGUUAUUGCUGAUUGUGUUAAGCAUCUACUCCGAGAAUUGCCAUCAUCUCCAGUCCCCGCAUCUUGUUGCAAGGCACUGUUAGAAGCUUGUCGUCAGGAUAAGCCAAUCUUCCAAUUUCUUAAGUACACAUUUUCUUGGUUUGUAGGAACUGAACGAGCUAGAAGGGUUUCUGCUAUGCGUGUAGCAAUAUGUGAAACUUUCCCAGAGCCAAAUCGCCGUUUGUUGCAAAGAAUACUAUUGAUGAUGCAAGCUGUAGCUUCUCACAAAGCAGAGAACCGAAUGAGCUCCUCAGCAGUAGCAGCUUGCAUGGCACCCUUACUUCUUCGUGCUCUUCUUGUUGGGGAAUGUGAGAUUGAAAAUGAUUUUGAUGUGGGCGGUGAUGGUUCUGUUCAACUUCUGCAAGCAGCUGCUGCAGCUAACCAUGCUCAAGCAAUUGUUAUAACUUUAUUGGAAGAAUAUGACAGCUUAUUUGGGUGGCAGGAAGCUCGAGUAUCCCCGGAUAUGUACAUUGAGUCAGAUGAGAGUGAAACUGGGAGUGAGGGUUCUGAUAUGGAGUCCUAUGAUGAUGAUGAUGAUGAUGAACAAGACAAAUCAGUAGAGGAGUGUGAUCCAGAUGAAGAUGAUGAUCUUCUUAGUGAAGCAAGCAGUAAGACUGGAAACUCUAAGGAAUAUCACGUACCUGAUAAUGAGGACCAUAGUCAUUCGAGUCCAAAAUCCUCAGAUAUGAGUGAAGAUCUUAAAAUCAAUCAGGUGAACUCAGAAAAUCUUGAUAUUCUGAGUAUGACUGCUAGUUUAGAGCAGUCCAGUAAGCCUUCUGGAGUACCUGAAGGUGUUUUCACAGAUGAAAGUACAGUGCAUCAUACAAGUUCUACUAAUGCUUCUUGUAUAAAAAAAUCAGUAACAAUGUCCAAUGCCCCAGCAUGUGAUUCUCGGCAUCAUUCUAAAUGGGGACGUACCUCUGCAAGGAAGAACCUUUCUAUGGAAUCUAUUGAAUUUUCAGCUGAAGAUGAUGUUGGAUUUGGGACGUUUGACGAUGCCAAGACUGAAUUGCAAAAUAAAUUUGCUGAAGAGGUUAAAGAGAACCUGAAGCUGCAACAUGGUCUGCGAAAACAAAAUAGCCCGUCACAUGAGCCUCAUCUGGCUUUUGAGCAAGAUAUGGCAAGCCUACAGGAACAGUUGUCAGAGGAGAAGAGUUCUUGUGCAACUCUUGAAGCAGGGCUGAAAUUACCUCCAGGAAUCUUGUCAGGUUUGACCAGUAUUGAUGACAAGACUAAGGCAGAUUUGGAGGAGUUGGCUCUGUUAGAAGCAGACCUCACCAGUUUAGAAAAGAAGGUCAAUGAUAUGAGAAUACGGCUUAAUCUACAGCAUAAAACAAACCAAAAUUCUGCAUUGAAUUUCUGUAAUAAGCCCGAGCAGAUUUCAAACGAUGAAAUGAAGCUGAAGAAUAAACCAGAUACUGAAGUUACAGCCACGCCACAAUUUGGCAAGUCAAGAAGUAAGGACAGUCAACUUGGAGCAGAACAUGACGGUGAGAGAAAGCUGGAAUCAACAUCCUUGCCAUGCAUUCAUCCCCGCAAAAUAGUACCAAGAAAUUUGGAACGAAGAAAGAGACUAAAUUUUAUGAAGGAUAAAGGGCGUGAGUCUGCUCAUUCUGCACAAAACCCAGAAAAAGGAAAAGGAUCAGAAUUUCACCAGCCACUGCCAUCCCCCAAUGCCUCUCGAGGACCUAAAGUUCAUUCUGUAUCAAUCCCAGAAAAAGGAAAAGGAGCUGAAUUUCGCCAACCAUUGCCAUCCCCUGGUAAGUCUCGAGGAUCUGAAAUUCAUUCUGUACCAAACCCAGAAAAAGAUAGAGGCAUAGGCAGUUCUUUCCAGAUCCCAGAUAAAGGUUCAGGCAAGGAAGGUCCGUCACUUGAAGUUUCAGAUAAAACGGGAAAAUCAGGUAGUCACACAGCCGAACACUCGGAGAAAUGGAGUCAGCAUCCACAACCCUCGGAGAGAGGCAAGUCAGAAGGCCAUAAGCCUUAUAAUGUGGAUAAAGGACGUUGAUAAGAAGGCCGAUAUGUUCUUAGAAGUAAAACAAAUUCAAGAUGAUCCCAGGCCAUCGCAAUCAUUCAGUAUCGUGCUUGGCCUCCUGUGGCAUUGCUUCUUGUUCAAUCCCUUCUUGUGGCUUGUGGAGCACAGUAGGAAGAGAAACCUCGUCUGGUAAGGUCGAUACAAGGACCCUUGUUGCUGGAGAUACACAAGUCCGUUUACCCCAAAAUGCAGGAUGCAGAAGGCAUAGGUCAACCAUCUCCACGACCUAAUCCUUGGUGAAGAAUAACGUUGAGUUGCUUGUCCUCAGCUGGUAAAGCGUCCUGGGGCUGUUGUGUGUAUUUUUCUAAAAAGAUAUGCUUUCGAGAAACCUUUUUUUUUAAAUUAGUUUUCUUUUACUUUUGCGUUUUUGUGUUAGAUAAAAGCUUUUCUUCUAUUGAUUGCGGUGCAUGAUCA